AUGAAAGACUCGCUCUGUGCCCAGAUUUGUGCCCCUGGACCCUACAGCUCUGAUGUGCCACAUAGUGGCACCCUUCUCUACUUUGAUGCCCACAUUGUCACCGUGUCCUAUGGAAGUCACAGUUGGGAGACCAUUAAGAAUGCACUCCAGUACAUCCCCCAGCUGAAUGAGGGAGGCGUUAACACAAGCCCUGCCAUUAUCAUCCACACUGGAAUCGUCAAUCGACCUUUGAACCAGAGCUCGCUGGAGGCUGGGAAGGACGUCGCAGAGCCCGUUUGCCCGCCGUCGGCCCUCCUUCUGACCACCAGCCGGGCAGAUAGCGCCCGUCGGAGCCGGCUGAGGAAGCUGAACUGGGAGCGUAUCCCCAAGGAGAAAGUGGAAGGGAGGAAGAGCGUGUGGAGCGGGGCGGCCCCAGGUGAGGACGAGUUCCCAAUAGACCUCCACUCUCUGGAUGAGCUGUUUGGUCAGAAGGACAGUAAGCCUCGGGACAGAACCAGCACACUGAGGCGGCGGUCUGCGCUCCUGCGCUGCAAAUCCCCACAGGACAGCUCAGAAGAGAUCUCCCUAUUGGACUCCAAACGCAGCAUGAACAUUGGAAUAUUUCUGCGGCAGUUCAAGAUGCCUGCGAAGGAGAUGGUUGAGGACAUCAGGCAGGGUGCUGGAGACCGUUACGGAGCAGAGAAGCUCACAGAGCUCUGCAAAUUGCUGCCUGACAGAGAGGAGGAGUCUCGCCUGAGGAGGUUCGGCGGGGAGCGGAGCUGCCUCGGAGAGCCCGAUCUUUUCAUGCUGCUGUUGGUGGAGGUCCCCAGUUUUCGGCUGCGUCUGGAUGCCAUGAUCCUGCAGCAAGAGUUUGACCCUGCUGUGACCUCUCUGUGUGUGGCAGCCAGAUGUCUGAGGGAGGCGGCCAGAGAACUGCUGAGCUGUCCAGAAUUACACUCCAUCCUCCGAUUGGUGCUGAAAGCAGGGAACUAUAUGAAUGCUGGUGGAUACGCAGGGAAUGCCGCUGGUUUUCGAAUUUCAUCACUCCUCAAACUGGCUGACACCAAAGCCAACAAGCCGGGCAUGAAUUUGCUGCAUUUUGUCGCUAUGGAAGCUGUGAAAAAGGACCAGAGUUUACUGUCAUUUCCAAGCCAACUAGGCCAUAUAGGCCCCGCCUCCAGGUUGUGUGAAGAGUCUGUGUUGGACGACUUGUCCAAGUUAAAAAGCAGAGUGGUGGAUCUCAAGGCAAAUAUACAGACAGAGGCAGAGAUUCAGCAGCAUACACAACCUUUUGUGGAGGUGGCUGAGGAGCGUCUGAAGGAGGCGGAGGACGAGGUGGAGGGUAUGAAGAUGUCGAGUCAGGCUCUGGUGGAGUUUUUCUGUGAAGACGACAGCACUUUUAAACUAGAAGAGGCUUGCAGGGUCUUUCAUUCGUUUUGCCACCGUUUUCAAAAAGCUGUCCAGGAAAAUGCAGAACGGGAACUGAAGGAGCAGAAGCGCCUGGCACGUCAGCGUGAGAUGGGAGAAAAGCGUCGCUCUCUGGCUGUUUGUACUGGGCUGGACAUGAGCCUGAGCCUCACCAGGGAGCCUCCAAAUCAGGAGAACCAAGAUGAGCUGGAGAAGCUUCUAGAGAAGAAUUUGAGCUACACGUGGAGCCGGCGAAGUCUUAGAAGCUCUGAUUCCCGCAGACAUUCCCAACAAAUCCACAGCGAUGCCCAUCUCCACAACUCAUCCAUGCUCAAAAGCUUCCCUGAGCUUGGCAGCAGCCCGACUUCAGCCAGUUAUCACUCGAACAGCUCCUCCGACCAUGAGACCACCGCUGUACUCUGCAGCUCCCCAGAGACUGAUGGCACAUGUUCCCCUGUGGACCAAGAACCUGCUCUGGGCAGAGGCAGCAGGGCUCAGCACAGCGCACGAACAAACCUGAGCAUGGAAGCAGUUCAAGACUCACACAUUGCAACAUUUAGUGCUUCUCAGCAUGGAAACCGCUUCACGGUGAAGCAACAUGGGCCUGAGAGCAUUUCUUAUGUGUUACAACACCAUCCGAAAGCAACAGGACUUAAAAAAGAAGCAGAUUUUUCACAUGAGCACAUGGCUUUGAUGAACAGUUCCUGUACAAACUCCGUUGCUAUAAAUACUGAUCCACCCGCCCAGUGUGUUAAAAGCCAGGCCUCCACUUACAGACAAAGGUUCGGCCUGCCAGUGACAGACAGUAAUUGUCUUCUUCAGAGUAAAUCUAAUGACUCUUGUGUCAAUGAGGCCAUACAACAGUCUGUUCAUACAAGUGGAACACUUUCUCAUAGUGACAGCAGGGCUGGGCUUUUGAGGUACCCGAGAUCUGAGACCAAUUCUCAGUCAUCUGUGAAUGUUCCAGAGUCACAGCCACAGGCGAGAGAGGCACCUUCCGUUAAAACAAGCAUUGCAGUGCCUUUGCCUGAUGCAGGUUCAACAAAACAGACGGACACAGAAGUGGUGUCCACACCUGUGGAGGAGAACUGGAUGCCCUCCAGUCUACCAGAGUUCAGCCAGUCGCAGCCAGAGGAGGUCUCCGACUUGCCGGGUGCCGAGAGGGAGACGGCGAGGUCGUACUCCCGUGUGGGUGAAACACUGGAGUGCCACACUCUGGUGAAAGGCCUCCGAUCCUAUGACGCCCUGUCCCCCCCGACCUCCCCACUCCCACGACCUGCACCAAGCCUCUGCUCCAAGUGGAGGAAAGAGAGGGAGGUCGACCUUCGAGAGGGGGCGACAUCGGGGUCUGCAACAUCAAAGGAGGAGACACGAACCCUGAGGAUCCCUGUGCGCAGCGGGAUUGGGGCCAAAAGGGGACUUGUGUCACGUGCAGGUCCUUCCAACAGCACAGGCAUCCCCAGGGUGCGCUCUAAAACGGAACCUUCAAAUGGAGCCCCACCCUCGGUAAACCCACCUACUCCUAGUCGGCUGUCUGCUCCUCGUAGCAUAUCAAUGCGCUCAUCUCCCAUCACUCGGCCCGCUGUUACUCAGACAGACAUGAAACGAAGUAACAGUGUACGGGAGAGAACUGUAAGCGAGCCGCAGACUCCUGAGAAGCCCAACCUGACCCGCAGGACUUCAGACAGAUCAGUACCAGAGAAGGUUUCGGGCGGCACCCAGCCAGCCUUUAUCAGAGGAAGUCCUCUCCGUGUGUCCAAACGACUCGCCCCGAACUCUGAGACUCAGGUUCUCUCUCAGCCUCGCGCUGCCCACAGCCCGUCCUCUGCCACAGCCAAAACCAUACGCACGGCUGUCAUAUCAGCUGCCCGAAGUAAAACUGCCAAGACGACAAGCACAAGCACCUCUCCUGCCAGCUCUAAAAUCCCGACAGCUUCACGCAUACCUGGUCCCAAAAUGCCUCGAGCUGCUGCUUCUCAGCCGCUGUGGAGGUGAUGCCAUUUGCUCCAACUUCUCAUGGAUCUUCCUCAGCUCUCCCUCAACUGUAUUUCAUCUAAAUUCAACUUUAAAUUAAAUUUAUAUAUUUGUCUGAGUUCUUAGGGUCUGCGGAUGUAAAAUGAAGCUGCACUGGGAGCAUCAGGGUUGUUUUUUCCUCCUGUGCUUCACCCAAUAGCAGGAUAGUGGAUCCUCUACAAUCUACCUCUUUUUACACCCAUUUGUGUCCUUUGCAGGCAAUAGGACAGUGAGAGAGGACACGUAACUAUUCAUAUGCAGAACAGCUUAACAUUUAAUUCACAUUAGUAAAAUGCUACCGAGUGAACACUAUGCACUGUCUGUACAAGUGUGCUCUGACAGAAUUGCAAGUUGGAAAAUCGUUUCAAUCUCUCUAGCAUGGACAAAAAAAAGGGUAGUUUUCUUUUAAAACUUUAUUUUAGGAACUUGUCCAAAUGUUCUGAAUGCUGUGACCCUUCUGCUAAUUGAUCAUUGUAUUCUCAAACUUGGCUGCGUUACAGUCCGAACUGAACUCGGUACAAUAUCGAACUGCUCAUCCUCUUGUUGAGAGGCCUCAUCAUUCUGAUGCACUUUACAAACUGAAGAAGAGGCUGUAAGGAGAUUGUUACAGUAAUGUUUGUCUUUUUUUUUUCCUGUUUUAUAUCAAAAAAUUCUAUAAGUUUAUUGAAUAGCAUUGGUUGUUAUUCACUGUACUAUGUGCAUUUGUUAAUAAAAGACAGCGAUGUGUAUGA